CCGUAUGACGUCAAUGCUCUUCCGGUGCGAGUACUGCUGUUAAAACAUUUACUCUACAAGGCGAAACAUUUAAAUGUAAUUUUCAUUGUGAGAACUUAAUACCACAGAGUUUUUUCUGUCAUAUGUGUGGUGAUGCAAGCGAUUGACACGUUGUUGCCGUUGUGUUGCUAAACGUCUCCAUGCUAGCUACAUUAUCAAGAGUUCUGCUCCGGCUACCCGCUGACAGACCUUUAGGAGUCACGAGUCUUUUAGCAGGGAAGGAGCUCACCGUGGACGUUCGCUGUCAGCGUCCAGUGGCCUGGAAAUAUGUUAGCACCACCGCUCCACUGCAGGCUAAAGUACGAGCGAACCCAAAGAAAAAGGAAUUUUCCGAAAAGAAACUGACCCGCCACUUUGUAGACCACCGAAGUGUUCGGCUGGUGUCUGGUUCGGGCGGGAACGGGGCCUGCAGCUUUCACAGUGAGCCUAGGAAAGAGUGGGGUGGACCAGAUGGAGGAAACGGUGGUGAUGGAGGCUGCAUCUUCAUAAAGGCUGAUAGGUCUGUCAAGUCUCUGGUUCAUGUUGGUCCUGUAUACAGGGCGGAAGAUGGGCAAUCAGGAAGCAGCAAGAAUUGUUAUGGUCGCAAUGGCCGCCCAACAUUUAUUUGUGUUCCAACUGGCACUGUAGUGAAGGAGCAGGGCAGGAUGCUGGUAGAUCUUUCUGAGCAUGGCCAAGAGUAUUUGGCUGUGUUUGGAGGUUCUGGAGGGAAGGGGAACAGGUUCUUUCUAUCUAAUGAGAACCGAGCUCCAGUGACUGCAACCCAAGGAAUUGAAGGUCAGGAGAGAGUUCUUCAUCUAGAGUUGCGCACUAUGGCCCACGCUGGACUGGUUGGGUUUCCAAAUGCUGGAAAAUCAUCUCUACUGAGAGCCAUCUCCAACGCCAGACCUGCUGUGGCCGCUUAUCCUUUCACAACACUCAACCCCCAUGUAGGAAUUGUCAAGUACAGAGAUCAUGAGCAAGUUGCAGUUGCUGACAUCCCAGGCAUCAUUCAAGGAGCGCAUCUAAACCGAGGCCUGGGCAUCUCUUUCCUGCGGCACAUUGAACGUUGCCGAUUUCUCCUCUUUGUUGUGGACUUGUCCUCCCCAGAGCCCUGGACCCAGCUCCAGCACCUGCGGUAUGAACUAGACCAAUAUGAACCCGGUCUCUCUCAACGACCUCAUGCCAUCGUUGCUAACAAAACAGACCUACCCGAAGCCCGGGAAAAGUUACAGACUUUGAAGAGCCGUGUGAGUCAGAGAAUCAUACCUGUGUCAGCUGUCACUGGGCAUAACACAGAGGAGCUCAUUCUACACCUUCGAGAGCUGUAUGACAGCUAUCUCCAAGGAGACGGUGACAUGCAGGGAGGAAAGCCCACAAGAUGGUAAUGAUAAUGGUAAGAAUAAUAUUUAUACAACAUGCUGAAUGCUACAUAAAUGUAUAAAACAGUUUUAAACAUUUUUGCUGUGUGAAUUAAUGCCAUUUAGAAUCCAUGGGUAUUAGUGUAGUGACUCAGGGUCCCUGUGCAGUAUGUUUACAUGUAAACAAUGGCAAAGUGCGCAACAAGCAAAUUAAGAAGAAUAGUGAACAAAACUACAAAUAAUGCAAAUUACUGGUGUUAAUUGGGGCCACAGUGGCUUAGGGGGUAGCGCAGGUUGUCCAGAAACUGAAAGCUUGGUGGUUCAAUCUUCACUUUCUCCACCCGUUGUCGUUGUGUCCAUGGGCAAGACACUCCACCCAAGCCCCCAUGAAUAUUUGGUGGUGGUCAGAUAAGGUCAGUUGAUACAAAGAAAACCAUGUUGACAUACUGGCUCUUAAUUAGAAUUGUGUUAAGUGUGGCUAAUGUUAGUAUAUUAUAGUCAUUAUUAUUGUUCUUCCUCACACUUGUGAGCAGUGCCUAUAAAAUGUUUUUGUGUUUUGUAUGUAUAAGUGUAGUAAAUAGUUAAAAUUCAAGAUUGUAGUUACAAUUUAAGCAUAUUUUCAGGAAAAGUCACAUCAAUAUUUACUGUAGCCAAAGUACCCCUGGUUACCUAAUUUUAAAAGUGAGUUUAAUGAUGCUUUAGGUUUAUGUUAUGUUUUGGCCUACAUAAUCGUCAUUCCGUGCCACAAGAAUUUGUAAAAGUCACACAUAUUAUUGUUUGAUAUCAGUGAAUUUUCCACUGAUUCAUUUUUUAAGGAAUAGUGGAAUAAUACACCACCAAAACAGCAGGGUUCUCGAGCUUUAUUUAUACGAUGUAAUAACAUCAAUCACCACAAGGAGUCAGUGUUUCCUCAGGAUUUAGAUUAAGUCACUUGAACGUUUCUGUUAAGAAAUAAUGAUUUAAUUAAACGUGUUUAAGCUCCACAGUACCAACUAUGUGAAUAAUACGUACGCCCUUGUACACGUUGUAUAUUUCAAUCACACUAUCCAUGCUGCAUUCAUAACUUGUUAAAACCUGCAGUGACCUUAUUAAAGAAACAUUCAGGUUUUCUUUUUUACUACGGCGAAAAGUAUAGGGCCAUAAAUAAAAG